GUUUGUGCAGACACAGCUGCCCAGUGAAUGUGCACAGCUAAGAACAAGUGGGUUUUGGUCCAAAUCAGCCAGAGGGAGAUUCUAGGGUGAAGCAACACCUCCUUCCAGCUGGACACAGACUGGUGAGCUGAAGGGGAAACUCUGAGAUCCCACUGCUGACACCAUGACCUCAGAAGCUGACAGGAUCUGCCCAGAGGGCAAAGACUUUGUUGAAGUCAUUGAAUAUUUAAUGGACCCAAGGAACAAAGAGAAAUUGCAACACCUGCUAAGUGAUGAAGCCUGGAAGAGAUUUGUGGCUGCAGCCAAGUUGUCUAGGGAUGAGGCAGAUGCACUCUAUGCAGACUUGAGCCAGCUGAAAACACUCAUGGCCGUGGAGGACAAAGACAUGUCCUCAGCAGACCAGCUGCAUGUGGAUACCUUUAUGAAGGCGUUUCCUCAGGUGAAACAGGACCUUGAGGAAUGCAUAGGAAAGCUCUACGCACUUGCAGGUGAGGUUGACAAGGUACACAAGGACUGCACCAUCACCCAAGUGGCGGCCUCUUCCACGGGCAUUGUGUCUGGCAUUCUGACCAUCGUUGGCCUGUCUCUGGCACCUGUGACAGCAGGAGCUAGUCUGGUGCUUUGGGCAACUGGGGUGGGACUGGGGGCAGCAGCUUCUGUGACCAGUGUGACCGCCGGCAUAGUGGACUUCACAAAGAAAAGGUCAGCAAAAGCCAAAGCCAGCCGCCUAGUGUCAACUGGCAAUGACACAGGGAACUUGGUCAUGGAGGAUCUACAUCACAACACAUUCAAAAUUGGGCUCCUUUUAAAAAAGUGCAGCCAAUCCCUGGUAGAUAUUUUGGAGAAUUGCCAGGCCUUCAAGCUGGCCAAAUCCAAUCCUCUCUUUGCAGCUGAGGCUACAAGUGUCAUUCGCACUGGGGCAAUCUCAGGCCAAAGCAGCAAGCAGCUACAGAAAGCUUUUGCUGGCACUGCUCUGACAAUGAGCAAAGGAGCCAGAAUCGCUGGUAUAGCCACUGCAGGUUUUUUCCUUCUCGUGGAUGUAAUCCAGCUAGUGAAAGAGUCAAAGCACUUACAUGAGGGCGCAAAGGCUCCGUCGGCUGAAGAGUUGAGGAAGCAGGCCCAGGAGCUGGAGAGCAUGUUGAAAGAAAUCACCUGCAUUCACAAAAGUCUACAGGAGGAACUGACUCUGUUUUCCCAGAUAAUCGUUGAGAGAAGCCAGAGCAUUGUCACCGACUGCAGCAGCCUGAAUUUUGAGACCAUUCCGCAGAGGCUCACCGACCUGCGGCAGCUGUCGGGCCUCCUCAUCGAGGAGAUGGAGAAGCGGCACCAGCGAUAG